CUGAAAGACAGAAAACCAGUGAGUGAUUCGUGACACACUAAGAUACCCACAAGGUAAGGCGAUUUGCAGAGUUGUUCUUCCUUUCGUAUCUUGCGCACACCACCCGGGCACCGGGUGUGGCAUCUCCCCUCAAGGUCCCAUCGCAGAGGCAUUAGUAUCAUGGACACCUUCCUCUGGUUAUGCUGUUCUUCUAUCUCCUUAUUUUUCUCCAGGAGGAAGAAUUUACAUGUGGCAAGCAUGUGAAAUUCUGGUGAGUCCCUGGAAAACGUUCGUUUUCCCCGUCUCAGUUGUCUUCCCUCUAUCUCAGUUCCGUGUCGCGAGAUCUGUCUACACCAGCGCCCGGUGGGUCGGUCCGUUUCUUGGGCACCGAGGAUCGACGACUCUCAAGUCUCUUUUUUUUGUAUGCUGGCGGGCUGUGUGUUACCUCUACUUCACUCCUAUCUCGUUAUCCGUCACUCUUUUUUGUGAAGUCUACGCGUCUUUAGGCGCGAUCGAAAAGGCUUUUCUUCUCUGCGUUCUACCCCGCCCCGCUAACCGUCUGCUCUCACGUAAAACUGUCUCGCCUCCACGAAAGGGGAGGACACACGGAGAAACAAAGAGAUAUCGGGCGACAGAAUACAUCGAGACGUCGGAGAGCAAGAAGGAUCAGGCGAGAACGUCGACUUGUUUUAUUCUCUGUCGGGCGCGCGUUCUUCACACCCUCAGUGUGGAUUUAUAUGUGUCAUGCGUCCUGCGGUUCUCAGGCGCUCAUCAUCACAAAGGACACAGGACCGGGGAGUGUAUGGCCUCCCUUCCUCCAUAUAACACCCACGUUUCUCGGUCUCUUGUCAUGCCUCUCUCGUGAUAUGCCAUUCCGCAAUUCCACAGGGAUACCUGCAACCUGUUUCCAACUUGACCUUCCCCGUUUUGUCCGCGAAACCUUCGGCUUGGCGGAAGAAAGACAUAUCUUUUCAGACUCUCCCUUUCCGUUAUUGUCCGUGUGGGAGAAAAAAUGGCGCAUGAGACCGCCACCGACAGUCUGCCGCCUCCUGAAGGCGCCUCUUCUGCUCCCUUGUCGCUGUCCUCUUGUUCUGACUGCUCUUCCCCUCCGGCUUCUUCUGGUGCCUGCUCUUUUUCUGGUUCUGUGUCCAUCUCAAGGCCACACACCCAGACUGAUUGCUACGCCUGCGGUGCUCCGCUGUCAAGUGGAGGGGGAGACAGAACGAAGAGAUCUCGGCCCGAGGCGUCUUCGCUUCAAGUUCGGAUGGACGCACGCUUCAUGCAGGGAAGGCGACCCAAACAGGAAGAUCGACACGUUCUCAUUUCGGACAUGAGCAUACUGGUCGAGGGCCAAGAUAAAGCAGCGAUUCAAGCCCUUAACUGUAGUCCAGCUGCGUUGGUUGCCCUCUUCGAUGGCCACUGUGGGGCGACGUGUUCGGAAUUUUGCGCCACCCACCUUCCGUCUCGCGUUGCUUCCUAUCUGGUGAAGCCCCUUCCAAAAUCAAAGCGUCAAAAGCUUUCGUACCAGCCCACCGCAGCUCCCAGCUCUGAGAGCGCCCCAUCAUCUGCCUCAUCUACAUCUGUGGCUUCCCCCCCCUCGUCCACCUCUGCCGUCUCGACGUCUUCCGCUCCUGCUUCCCCGGCGUCUGAAUUUCUCCUCAAGCUCCCUUCGUCUCUUCCGUCUUCGCUGGUCUGUCCCUUUCCUCUGCCCUCUGAGCAGGUGGGAGAAUUGUUUCUUACGCUGGGCCCGAGGAUCAUCUCUGCAUUCAAGCACGUCGACCGAGAGUUCCUCUCCAAGUUCCGCACUCUCAAAGUCGGCGGCUGCACCGCCGUUGUUUGUCUGAUUCUUGGCAACUUCGUCGUCGUUGCCUCCGUUGGAGACUCGCGCGCAGUCGCUGGAGUUUGUCACAAAACACGCCAAGCGCAAGACACCCACUUUCCAUCGCCUUUACUUCUCAACGACGAGAUCGAAAACCUGCCGGAGGGCACUUCAGAGAAAGAGGAAGACGGAGCAACGUCCAACGGUGCGCUCGCUCAGUUGCCUGCGUCUGCCCCUCCGCCGUCUUCGUCUUCGUGCUCUUCCAGAGGAAUCACAGACCUGCACAGGCGUCAGAUGAAACUGCGAGGGGGCCAGGAGGAGAGGCCUGAGGCGACACAAAGUGAAGAAGGCGAUGCGUGUGUCUGGGAGGCCAUCCGCGUCAGUCGAGACCACAAACCAAACCUGCCGGAGGAGAGAGAAAGGAUCGAAACAAACGGUGGCAGAGUUGUCGAAGUCGGAGGCGUCGCUCGCGUCGCUCCAAAGGGCUUCGAGGAGAGAGCGAAACAGAUCAAGAUGGAACAGUGCAUUAGUGGAGGAGCCUCCAAGCCACCGCCAGUUCUGAUGGCAGUCUCUCGAGGGUUCGGGGACAAAGAACUGAAGGAGGAGAACCUCAUCAGUGCGACUCCAGAUGUCUUCUGUUUUCAUGCAACGGAGAAUGUCCGCCUUCUCAUCAUUGCAUGCGAUGGAGUUUGGGAUGUCAUGACCGAUCAGGAAGCAGUUGAAAUUGCAGCACGCCAUUUGGACGAUCCAAAAGAGGCCGCUAGUCAAGUGGUUAAACGGGCAUUUGACCGCGGCAGCCAGGAUAAUCUGACAGCGAUCGCCCUUGUGUUUGAUCACUAAUUUGAUCAGUCUCAGGCAUAGAGAAAAACAAGAAAAAAUUUCUAUUGUUUCAUUGGUUACUCGUUGAGACGAGAUGGAUUUAUUUUUUCGUUCCUUGCUUGCUCGCUGGCGAACCGGGGAAACAAGUGUGGGAAAUCAGGAGGAAACGCUGAUGGAGUGAAGAAGCUGCAGCGGUCCUUCCUCGUUCCUGCUAUUUUUCUUUCGUUUUCAUCCGCCUCCUCGACCUUCCGUUUUUUCCUGUUGUCUUCCGUGAGGCGGGAAGCUGCUCGUGUGUCUUCUUGCUCGCGCGAUGCUGCCGGUGUUCGACGAGAUAUGGGCACAUGAGGGAAACACGACUUGUUGGCGCUUCCAUGUGAUGUUGGUCUCGUACCGGUCUGUUCAGUUUCGUGUAAUCACGUUUUAGUCCUUGGAGAUUGGUGAGACAGUAAGGGGAAGAGCACGAGGGGCUCCUUAUCCUGACGGUCCCUCCCCACGACUUUCCUCCCUUUUAUUCUUGUCUGUUUCUUUCCGCCCGUGUCAACAUCCAGUUCGUUUCGUGUAUGCUUGUGUACGAGCGUCGAGAUACGGGAUGUCACAACAAUGCUGGAACCGAAAACAAAUGCAGAGAAUGUCGCAGGUACCCGCUCCAUUAUUGCAUGGAUCUCAAGAUC